AUGGAAAAUUUUGAAUCCAUUAUUCUUCGUUGGAUGUGUUUAUUUGAUGAAUUUAAAAACAUCGAAUGUUCAAAUACAAAACAUCUUAUAUCAAGUACAUCGUUUAAACAAUUUGCUGAUGAUGUAUUUUGUUUGAAAUGUUCUUCAGCUUUGAGCACAGACGAUACAAGAGUUUACAACACUAUAAAAGUGAACUAUUGUGAGUUUGAAGUUCUAAAGUAUGAAGACUUAUAUAAUGAAGACAAUGCAAUUUAUGCAUGUGUUAUUGUUUUGCUACAUGCACUAUUAAAAUGUACUAAUGACAAAUUCAGAAAUCAGUUAAGUGAAAGAAUGAAUAAUGAAGAGCAAGUGUUACUAGCAAAUUUCUUAGAAGCUACACAAUCAUUAUUAUUCACCAAACAAAAUAUUUCUGAAGCUCUACUGUUGAUAAGUGAUUCUAAGCAUACUUGUAUUAAUGUUUCAGAAAUAUGUUCAAAUAACGACACACCAAUCAAGUCAAAAUCAAUGCGCCGAAGCUAUUUACAAGAAUUUUGUCAGUCACCAAAAUCUCAAUCCUUAAUAAAUCAAGAAAAAGAAAAACUUAUUAUCAAACUUACUGAAGACUAUAAAAAUGAAUGUGAAGAAAACUACAAGUUGGCUGAAAAUGUUAAAUACUUCAAAGAUCUAAAUACAAAACUAAGUAAUAAAUUAGAAGACAAAGAUAAAAUAUUACAAAUAUUGAAAGAUGAAAUCAAAGAAUAUUCCAAACCAAACCAGUCUCCCGAAUGUUUAAAAGUAGACAGUGAUUUAAUUAUAAAAAAAUUAAACAGAGACAAAAUAGAUUUGGAAAUGAAUUGCAAUGAAUUAAAGCAACAAGUAACAGAACUUGAUAAAAAACAUAAGGACCUUAAUGGAAAAUUUGAAAAGAAAACUUUAGAUUAUAAUAAUCUUAUUUUAAUGUUUGACAAUAUUGAAAACGAAAAUAUGAUGUUAAAAUCAAACUUAAAAUUAUUUGAAGAAACCAUACAAAAGAAAGACAUUGAAAUAAUUUCGUUAAAAGAUGAACUAUGUAAUAAAUCAAUUACAAAUAAUCCAACAAAUAUAAGCGGCCAAGAGACCAAUGCUAUGUCUUCAAAUACAUUAUUUAAUGAAUUAAGUUGUUUAAAAUUAGAAGAAAUAACACAUGAUAAAGAAAAGUACAGACAUAAGUACAAAUCAAUGAAAAAAGACUUAUCAAAUGUAAGUAUUUCAAUAAAAUAUUAUUUUUAUGAUUUCCUUCAUACUUAA